CAGCCUUGGAGCCAGGGAAUAACGGGGACUGAAGUGGGGGAAGUUGCAGCAUCACUGGCUACCAGUCUGGCACAUUGAGUGGUGCUGAGAGCAUGGACCUGUGCAGAAGACUCGUGGCUGCCUGGGCUCUGUGCCUGCUGCCAGGCAUUACUGACACAUUCAACAUCGAUACGAAGAAACCAAGGAUCAUCUCGGGCUCUAAGGAUGCAUUCUUUGGGUACACCGUGCAGCAGCAUCAAAUUGCUGGCAAAAAAUGGUUGGUGGUGGGAGCCCCAUUUGAUGUCAAUGGUCCCCAGAAGACAGGUGAUAUCUACAAGUGUUCAGUUACCAAUGAUACUUCAAAUGACUGCACCAAGCUUGGCAUUGGCAGGGUGACUCUUUCCAAUAUCUCGGAGAGAAAGGAUAACAUGCGCCUGGGAAUGAGUUUAGUCACAAACCCCAAAGAUAAUAGUUUUGUGGCCUGCAGUCCUCUCUGGUCCCAUGAAUGUGGAAGCUCUUUUUACACCACUGGGAUGUGCUCCAGAGUCAAUGCCAACUUCCGUUUCUCCAGGAUUGUUGCUCCUGCCCUACAGAGAUGCCCUACUUUCAUGGACAUUGUUAUUGUGUUGGACGGAUCUAAUAGCAUCUAUCCUUGGGUGGAGGUGCAAAGUUUCCUUAUCAGUAUUCUGCAGAAAUUUUACAUUGCUCCAGGGCAAAUACAGGUUGGUGUGUUGCAAUACGGAGAGAGCGUAGUACAUGAGUUUUAUCUGAAUAACUAUCGCUCAGUAACAGAUGUGGUCGAGGCUGCAAAACGCAUUGAGCAACGAGGAGGGACGGAAACACGCACUGCGCUGGGGAUUGAGAAAGCUGUCACAGAAGCAUUUCAGCAUGGAGGCAGAAAGGGUGCCAAAAAAGUCAUGAUAGUUAUUACAGAUGGAGAAUCACAUGACAGCCCCGACCUACAAAGAGUGAUAGAGAGCAGCGAAAAAGACAAUAUAACACGUUAUGCAGUGGCGGUUUUAGGGUACUAUAACAGGCGAGGGAUCAAUCCAGAAGCUUUCCUAAAUGAGAUCAAGUACAUUGCUAGCGACCCUGAUGACAAGCACUUCUUCAAUGUGACAGAUGAGGCUGCGCUGAAGGAUAUUGUGGAUGCACUUGGGGAGAGGAUAUUUAGCCUGGAAGGAGGUACAAAUAAAAAUGAGACGUCUUUUGGCUUGGAGAUGUCCCAGGCAGGCUUUUCAUCACAUGUAGUAGAGGAUGGUAUAUUGCUUGGUGCAGUUGGCGCUUAUGACUGGAAUGGAGCAGUCCUGAAAGAGACCAGCUCUGGAAAAGUGAUACCUCGCAGAGAAUCCUACCUGAAAGAGUUUCCUGAUGAACUCAAGAAUCAUGGAGCUUACUUGGGUUACACAGUCACCUCUGUAAUGACAUGGCAGCGUGUCAGGAUCUACAUAGCAGGAGCUCCACGAUUCAAUCACACAGGCAAAGUAAUCACCUUCACUAUGGAUGGGACAGAGAAUCUGACCAUACACCAAGCCCUCAAAGGAGAUCAGAUUGGAUCCUACUUUGGUGGUGAGAUGGAUUCUGUGGAUGUAGAUGGUGAUGGUGUUACCGACAUACUGUUGGUUGGAGCUCCAAUGUACUUUAUGGAUGGAUGGGAAAGAGGCCGGGUGUCAGUCUAUGUUUUGCGAGAGAGACAAUUCAUUCACAAUGGAUUCCUGCAAGACUUAGACAGUUUCCAGAAUUCACGCUUUGGGUCCUCCAUUGCUGCAGUACCAGACCUCAACCAGGACUCUUACAAUGAUGUAGUUGUUGGGGCACCAUUGGAGAAUGACCACAGGGGGGCCAUUUAUAUCUUUCAUGGUCUGAGAAAGAAUAUUCUAAAGAAGUACAAACAGCGUAUCUCUGCUGCAGACUUGGCUCCAGAUCUGGUUUAUUUUGGCUGCAAUAUCCACGGGGAAAUGGAUAUGAAUGAAGAUGGGCUGGUGGAUCUGGCAGUAGGGUCUAUGGGAAAUGCUGUCCUGCUGUGGACACGCAGUGUUGUGAAUAUAAAUGCUACUAUGCACUUUGAUCCUCCGAAGAUCAACAUCUUCAACAAGGAUUGCAACAGGAACGGGAGGGAAGCCACCUGUAUGUCAGCCUUCAUAUGUUUCUUCCCCAUGUUUAAAGCCGAGCAGUUCCAAGGACAAAGUGUUGCCAUCAAGUACAAUGUGACCAUUGAUGAAAGGAGAUACAUCCCCCGUGCUGUAAUUGAUGACAUCGGAGGAGACAAACAUUUUGUGAAAACCAUCAGAGCCUCCAGCGGACACAGCCAGUGCCAGCAGCUCAACUUUCAUGUUCUGGAUACAGCUGAUUAUGUGAAACCCAUAACCUUUAACUUGGAGUAUGAGUUGGCAUUUUCAGACCAAGGACCUGUGUUAGAGGAAGACUGGCCAACAUCGCUAAAAGUUUCGGUCCCAUUCUGGAACGGGUGUAACCAGGACGAGCGAUGCGUGCCCGAUCUCUACCUCGAUGUCAAACACGAUAUCCCUACAGCGAUGGAGUUUUGCCAGCGUUUCCUUUACAGAACCCUGACGGCAUGUGCAGAAUUUACUAGCGCCUUUGACAACUCCGUGUUUAUCAUCCAGCGCAGUAGGAGGCGGGUGGCACUCGAAGUGGUGCUGGAAAACAGAGGGGAGAACGCAUACAGCACCAUGCUCAAUAUCUCCCACUCCCAGAACCUCCAGUUUGCCAGUCUGAUAACAAAGGAGGAUUCAGAUGUUAAGAUUGAAUGUAAGAGCGAUGAGCGAUUUCCACAUACCAAGAUCUGCAAUGUCAGCUAUCCUUUUUUUAGGGCUAAAGCAAAGGUGACAUUUAGAUUGGACUUUGAAUUUAGCAAGUAUCAGUUCCUCCCCUAUCUGCAAGUCCAUCUCUCGGCAGGCAGUGACAGCGAAGAGCUGGAGAGUACAAGGUUCGACAAUGAGGUUCUGCUGGAUUUCCAUUUGAAAUAUGAAUCAGACCUACUGUUUACCAGGCACUCAAGUCUGGAUCAGUAUGAAAUAACCUCCGAGGGAUCUGCAGGCGGAUACAAUGCCAUUGGGCCUCCGUUCAACUGCACUUUCAAGAUUCAGAACUUGGGCUUCUUCCCAGAGGACAUUCACCUCAGGAUAACUCUACCGGUUGCAACACGUGGGGGGAACCGGCUGCUCUUUUUGCACAGCCUAACAAGUGAUCAGGAAAACGCAGACUGUAGCAUUUGGGGCAACAACACUGACUACCGCAGGAAGCCAUCGGAAGAAGACCUGAGCCGCGUACCUCAGUUGAAUCACAGUAAUUGCGAUGUGAUAUCCAUUGACUGUGUGCUAAACCUGGCAUCCAAUCAGGAGGCAUCCUUCAUCCUGCAUGGAGACAUCUGGAGCAAAUCAUUAAGAGUGGUGAAUUUCCGAUCUGUGAGUCUGGUUGUAUUUGCCGCAUUACAGCGCAAAUUCCAAAGCCCCUUUAUCUUUCUUGAAGAAGUGCCCAUCCGCCAGAUUACAUUUGAUAUUUCCAAGCAGGAAGAAUGGGAGGUGCCUAUCUGGGUUAUCAUAACCAGCACAUUAGGAGGUCUCCUUCUUUUGGCCCUUCUGGUUCUGGCUCUUUGGAAGUUGGGAUUCUUUAAACGCAGCCACCAUGAGAGGGAGGAAGAGGACAAGGAUAUGGAGUGAAAUGAAGAAGAGAAGCAGGUGAGGUCCUCGGCCCUGUGUGAAAGCAUGCCUAUAUUAACCCAGAAUUUGGGGCUGGAGACAAAGGCUACAUCAUACCCUGGGGACAGGAACUGAAAAGCAGGGAUCUCUCAGAAACCCUUUUCAACAGCCUUCCAGUUAUAGAGAUUAUUGAUUAUGGGUGGUGACUUCUUGGCGUUUAUGGGCCAAAGCCUUUAUUUAUUUCAUCACUGACUUGACAAGAGACUUUCAAGUAAGGACUGAACAUACAAACCCUCUCAGCUUCUGCUCGGAGACCAAACUAAUGGAGACCACAAUUAGUUUCCCUGGAAAGCAGCAAUUACUGGACUUGCGGAUAUCUUCUCUUGCAUUCUUCAAAGCUAUACUAUUUAAAAAAGCCACUAAACAUCGAUCUGGAUAAAAGUCCUAUUUUCUUACUUACAUAACGUUUGCAAAACAUGUACGAAAUGAUAAAUCCGUCGUUGGAAUGUGACAAAUAGACAUGGAGGUACGACAUCUAUCUUGGCUUGUUCACUCAAACCAAGGACUGAAGGACGCUGUUUACUUUCUAUUUCAAAUUGACUCAGGACAAGAGCCUCUUUGUUCAUGACCGUCACACAAAUAAUUGAAUUUGACUGAGGAACAGCCACGUGGGGCGGAGUGAUAACCACGGAAUAACUUUCUUGUCAGUAUGUAUAAAGCCACAUGGCACAAAUUGAUUGGACUCAAUAGCUCAGACUUCCCAUUCAGCUGGUUAGUAGGAAUUUCUUCUGUGCCCCCCACAAAAACCACAAUAACAAUUGAUGUGGGGCAGAUCUUGGCUUGUCAUACAACCUGUUAAGCUUCUCAAGGGCAAUGGGGAUCUCCAUGUAAUUCUAUAUAUGACAAAGGCCAUAUUGUUGUGCAGACUCUAAUCACACAGGGUUGUUACUGAAGAUUAUCAAUUCUGACAUGCUUCAGUGAAGUCAGUUAGCAAAAUGAUUAGAUUAAAGGGGGGGGGUCACAUCCAUCAACAUUUUUCAUUAGCGAGCGUCCAACAGCAUAAGCUCAUUAAACAUAAAAGCGACAUGUAUGUAGGUCAGCACAGCGGUUUGUUUAUUACAGAGCUUUUAGUUAUUCAUGUUGGGUUUAAUGCUAUUUCUAAUCUGCAUUUUUAUGUCCCAGCCACUUGCAUGCCCGGGCCUGGACUAGGAUUCCAAACAGGCCCUGGCCUUUCAUGUCCAGCCUUUUGGCUUCCCUGGGCCACAUUUAAAGAAGAAACAUUUUCUGGGGCCACACUCGAAAUACACACAAACACUUA